AUGGAAUACGACGACGAAAUGGGCUUCGGCAACACGGGGCCCCCAGCAUCCUCACGCUCAAAUAGUCGACCCCCUCUUCGCGCCCGUCGCCAAGCCCCACAAGAACUCGUCAAGCAGUUCUGGGAACAAUUCAACACCAAGUACCCCGGAAAAGUGUAUACGGUGUUGCCUGAUAAUCCGUAUGCGCGCACGAGGGCGAAACGUGUGCCUAAUGGUGUGAUUCAGGGCCACGCAGCGGUGAAAUCGUACGAACAGGCGCGGCGGGAGUGUAAGACGUCCGUUGAGCGGAUUGUUAAGGAGUGUCGCCGGGUUAAUCAGAAGUAUACGGAUCCGCAUUUUGAUAUUGAGUUGGAUCUUAAGUCGAAUCGGAGACAUUAUUUGGAUGAGUUGGAUAAGGUUAAUGAUAUUAUGAAGCCGAGGGGUGUGAAGAGAGUUACGGAAAUCUUUGAGAACCCCCAGUUCUAUGUGAAUGGACCGACGGCAUCGGAUGUGCGUCAAGGGUAUGAUGGUGACUGCUGGCUGAUGGCUGCGCUGUGCACAAUGGGUAACAAGGACGGUUUGAUCGAGAAGAUCUGCGUUGCUCGUGAUGAGACUGUUGGUAUUUAUGGAUUCGUGUUUUAUCGCGACGGCGAAUGGCAGCAAUGCAUCGUGGAUGACAAACUAUAUCUCCGAGCUGCAGACUACGACGAGUCCAACGAAGAGCGAAUGACUUGGGAUCUGAUCAACCGCAACGACACCGAAGAAGAGUACCGCCGUGUCUGGCAGACGGGCUCACGGGCACUGUACUUUGCGCAAUGCGUGGAUCCCAAUGAAACCUGGCUGCCUCUCCUGGAAAAGGCAUUCGCCAAAGCUCACGGUGAUUAUUCCGCCAUUGAAGGCGGCUUCGUUGGUGAAGCGAUCGAGGAUUUGACUGGAGGUGUAACGUCGGAAGUCCUGUCUAGUAACAUUCUGGACAAGGACCGGUUCUGGGCAGAAGAGCUCAUGAAGGUCAAUGAAGAGUUCUUGUUUGGUUGUGGUACUGGUUUAUUCUCGAACUGGUUGGAUACACGGUCCCCGCCGCGCGAUCGGAAGGGUAUCUCGGAGAAUCACUCAUAUUCGAUCAUGGAAGCGAGAGAAGUCAAGGGCAAGAGGUUACUGCGACUGAGAAACCCCUGGGGAAAGAAGGAAUGGCAUGGUGCUUGGGGUGAUGGAUCGAAGGAGUGGACGACGGAGUGGAUGGAUUUAUUGGGGCACAAGUUUGGGGAUGAUGGAUUCUUCUGGAUCUCGUAUGAGGAUCUGCUCAAGAAAUAUCAACAUUUCGACCGGACUCGUCUCUUUGGAGAUGAAUGGACCAUCACUCAGCAGUGGACUACCCUGAAUGUCCCUUGGUCUGCCGACUAUCACAGCACCAAAUUUGUCAUGAACGUGACCGAGGCUGGACCUACUGUCAUCGUGCUUUCUCAGCUGGACACCCGAUACUUCAAAGGUCUCGCCGGCGAAUACAGCUUCGUGCUCAAAUUCCGGCUCCAAAAAGAAGGCGACGAAGACUACAUGGUCCGCAGCCACAGCAGCCACUUCAUGGCCCGAUCCGUCAAUGCCGAAAUCGACCUCGAGCCCGGCCGUUACCAAGUCCUCAUGAAAAUCACCGCCUACCGACACGACGAAGAAUCAACCGAAGAAACCGUCCGCCGCCUAGCGUCCACCCACCGCGAAAAGCUCGUGCAAGUCGGACUAUCCUACGAUCUCGCGCACGCAAAGGGUCUAGUCGCGGAAACCGAUCAAGAACGAUAUGAAUCGGAGCGCCGAAAGGCCUGCGAAUGGAAGAAACUCCGCGACGAGACCAAGCGCAAGCUGCAAAAGGAGUGGAUUCGGGAGCGCAAAAUGUCUGCUCGUCAACAGCGCCAGGCAGCACGACGACCGCGCAGAAUGACAAAUGGUGCCUCGCCAGAUCGCGGGCCUAUUCCUGGCCAAAUCCUCGCCGAUACCAAGGCGACUCAGUCACCGACUGAAGUUGGUAGUAUCUCCAGCGAUGUGAGUGAUCGCAGACCCGCUACGAACGGUACAAGCGGGUCAGUGCCAACCAUCCAAUUCAAUGGCCUUCACGCCCGACACGCAAGUGGCUCGGGUUCAACGCGUCGGAGAACAGAAUCUCCCCGUCCAAGUUUGAACACCCGUCUUGCCAAUGAUAAUCUGGAUAUUACCGAUUUGGAACUCCUGGAUGGAUUCGAGUUCGAUAGUGACUUGGACAUGCCAAUUGAAUCGCCGAAAAAUCGUCCUCCGUUCGCAAAUCUGGAGGGUCCGGCUGAGGAUCCGUGGAAUGCGGUCUGUGUUGUUGGGCUGCGUGUUUACUCUUUGGACCCGAAGUUGAGUCUGCAGGUUAUGCAUCCCGUGCCGGAGGAUGAUACUGAGGCUCCUUUGGAUCGAGAUGAUCCCGCGGCGUCGGCGACGUUGGAGAAGAGCUUCUGGAGUGGUCAAAUCCCCAAUUAA